UGGCGUGGGACGGAGUGAGGAGUUGUUAUCGAGGAAGAGGGUGAAGAGACAGAGGCAGGAGCAGAGCAGGGGGUGUGUGUGGGUGAGUGAGUGUGUUUGUGAGAUCUAAAAAAGGAGCACAACACGGCGUGAAUGAGAGAGGCAAACUGGCGGAUUUCAAUAUGGCAUCCGGAGAUACGCUGUACAUUGAGACAGACGGCUCGGAGAUGCCGGCCGAGAUCGUGGAGCUCCACGAGAUAGAGGUGGAGACGAUACCGGUAGAGACUAUCGAGACCACUGUGGUCGGCGGGGAUGACGAUGACGACGGGCAGCCCAUGAUCGCGCUCCAGCCGCUUGUCACGGACGACCCCAACUCGAUCCACCACCACCAGGAGGUGAUACUGGUGCAGACUCGGGAAGAAGUAGUCGGUGGGGAUGACUCGGACCUGCAUACGGACGGUGGUGGCGGAUUCGAGGACCAGAUCCUCAUCCCGGUACCUGCUCCGGGGGUUGAGGACGAGUACAUUGAGCAGACUUUAGUGACUGUAGCCGGGAAGAGCUCUGUUGGUCGGAUGAAACGGGGAGGCGGCACCGGUGGAAAGAAAGCGGGCAAAAAGAGCUAUUUAAGUGGCACCGAGGCUGGUGGAAGAAAAUGGGAACAGAAGCAGGUGCAAAUAAAGACACUGGAGGGGGAAUUUUCUGUUACAAUGUGGGCAUCGGAUGACAAUAAAGACAUUGACCAUGAGUCGGUGGUGGAGGAGCAGAUUGUGGGGGAGAACUCCCCUCCGGAUUACUCCGAGUACAUGACGGGGAAGAAGCUGCCCCCUGGUGGCAUCCCAGGGAUCGACCUGUCAGACCCCAAACAGCUGGCUGAGUUUGCCAGAAUGAAGCCCAGGAAGGUCAAAGAGGACGACGCUCCCCGGACGAUAGCUUGCCCUCAUAAAGGCUGCACAAAGAUGUUCAGGGAUAACUCGGCCAUGAGGAAGCAUCUUCACACUCACGGACCCCGUGUGCAUGUCUGCGCGGAGUGCGGCAAGGCUUUUGUUGAGAGCUCCAAGCUUAAACGGCACCAACUCGUUCACACAGGGGAGAAACCGUUCCAGUGUACUUUCGAAGGCUGCGGGAAAAGGUUUUCUCUGGACUUCAACCUGCGCACACAUGUGCGGAUCCACACUGGAGACCGGCCUUACGUCUGCCCUUUCGACGGCUGCAAUAAGAAAUUCGCCCAGUCGACCAACUUAAAGUCUCACAUUCUCACACACGCCAAAGCUAAAAAUAACCAAUGAGAGCCCCUCCAUCAGCAUCCAGCCACAAAGACGAAAAACGGAGCGUUGUGGCGGCACAUGCAAAACCUCUUGUGAAGAUGGAAUAUAUAUAUAUAUAUAUAUAUAUAAUCUGACAGAUUAAAAGACAAAACACUGCGAAUCAGCUGGUUUUCCUGAGCCCCCGUUUCUUCUGCUGUCAUUGGAUGAGGAACACAGUGAAUACUCCCCAAAGCCAAGGCCAACAUAAGUCCCUGUUUCUCCAGUGGCACUCAGCUGCCAGAAGAUGGAACCCAUGGACAAACAUCAGAGACUUAUUUUUACCAGAGAAGCAGCAGUUUAUUAGUGUUUUUUUAUUUUGUUGCAUUGCUUUUAUUUCCCUCCAAGUGUGCAUAUUGUACACUUGCCUCAGGCUGUGUUUAUUAGUAAAAUAGUAAUUUCCUUUCACCCAGCAUUAUAAAGUCAUACUGAUAUAGAAAAAAAUGGCCUCAGCCUUGUUUAACCUGGUUCACACUUAUGAACAUUUGUAUGUUUGCAUUUCCACACCUUUGGUUGUAUUUUUCUCUAACCACAAAAUAACCUUGUAUACCUGUAUUGUAUGGCUGUAUUAAAAUGAAGUAGAUAUAGAUUGAGGUGUGAUUUAAAGUGUUAAGCAAUUAAAUUAGUUGCUUUAUAUUUUUUGUUAACUGUCUUUACACAGAUGAAUGAGUAAUAUAAAUGUACUCGAAGCCUGUCACAGUGUGUGAAGCUUACAUCGAACUGACUGCGAGACCAUCACCUCUUUGUUUAGAAUGUAAUGUACAGACGUCAACCAUUAACUUCCUUUGUUGAUAUUUACACCAUGUAUCUCAGCUGCCCACAAUAAAAUGGGUCAUUCCAACUCUGUUGAACGGCAUAAUAAGGUUUAAGUGUAUCAUUUUUUGUCUUUUUGACAAGAACAUCUUACUUGUAAGUUGCUUAAAUUGCACACUGUAGUAGUUGUGAGUGUGGACCAGCUGUUUUUUUGUUACUGCUUUCUUUUUUAUUUAAAGCACUAAAACAGG